UUUUAACUUAACAUUAAGGUAAUAUUAUUUUAACACUAUGUAAGCAAUAACGUUAUCGAAUUCAUUUUAAUUAUAAUUUUAAAACUGAUAUUUUAAUGAGUGCUUUUAAAUUUAUUUGUGUCCAAAUUUUAUAUUACCUAAUUUAAAUAAUAAUUUAUGUAUUCAUGUAACACAUAAUAUAAUAAGAUGUAAUUAUUGUUAAUAGAUAACUGUUUGGAACAAAUCUACUUUAAACACACCUUUAAAAAUUACAUUAUUAUUACUUUUUAAUUGAUUUGUUUUUCAAUGCGGAUGAUGGUUCAAAAAUUAUUUUUUGGAAAUGGUCAUUUUAGAAGUUGUAGCAAUUUGACAUUGCCGGUUGUUUGGUAACCAAACUACUGUGCCAGGUGUGAAUCACUAGUUUCACUUGCUAGAUUGACUGUCGCUGUGUGAUAUUCUUUACACAAUGUGGAUUCAAAUCUGAUAUUGAUGUAAGGAAAUUAGUGCUUUACUUGGGCACUAAUUUCACCUACUAAACCUCAAUAUACAAGACUGGGCAUAUAAUUUUUUUGUUAUACUAUUUAGUAUUUACCAUACAAUCGGCAAUAUCAAAUCACUGUAAUUCUUGCAGUAAUACCUAAUUUCUAAAAAAUUUUUGUGCCUUCAUCUUAAACAUCGAAAAGCACAUUAAUUUAAAAAAAAAAUUUAAUUUUGUGAGGGGGCAGUUAAGAAAGAUUUUAGCCAACUGUUUUGUUAUUCUAUUAACUUAAGAAAAUAAGGGAAUAUUAUUUAUAAGAUGUUUGUGAUAAGAGUUCAUAAAUAAACAUUUUUUAUGUCCAUUUAUUCCAUAAACAUAAUAUAGUGAUAGUCAGUUUAUUAUUACUUAUUUAAAAUUGUAAGCAUAUAUUGGUAUUAUAGGCAUGAACAGAUCCUCUUGGCAGGAGAUGUAGUAAUCUUAAAAAUUAAUUCUUACAUAAAAACAUAACUGUUACCCGUUAUGUACUAAAACAUAAAUUUUCCACUUCUUCAAUUCUCUUUUAAAAAUUACUCAGUUAGGUAAACCAUAAAAUACUACAUCAGUCUUAAAUAAGUCUUUUUUAUAAUAAUACAAAUAUUAUAUAAUAAUAAUAAGAAUAAUACUUAUUAGUUAUCUCACGUGAUAUGUAUAUAUGUAUAUAUAUGUACAUGUGAUGUGUAGGUAUAUUAUUACAUUAAAAAUAUUUUCUGAAUAAAGUUAAAAAUUAAAAUUUCACUAUUUAUCUGCAUUUAUUAUUGUUUUGUUAAAUAAUAAAAAAAUUUUAAAUAUCAAUUCGUAAAUUAUGUGAAAUACCUAAAAUUGACCAUAUGUUUUUAGAUUGUCUUGUAGUAUAGGUUACCAUAAAAGUCCAAGUACAUACAUUUACUAAAAUAAUUUGCAACGACUCUUUUCUAAUUAUUGUUAAAUAAGGUAUUUAAAAUCUGUUAACUAAAAUAAUAUGGACAUUUUGUAAAAAAAAAAAAUAAAUAAUUUCAUUAUUAUUUAAUGUACACAAAUUAUACAUAUAAUUUUAAAAAAAAAGUAUAGACAUUCAUAGUAUUCAUAAUACUAUAAAUGUAUACUUAAUUUAUCUUUUAAAAAUUAACAUUCAUUCAUUGAAAUAUUAUAUAUUUUAGACUUUUUGAUUUGUUUUAAGAGCCCUGGUUUUUCUAUAACAUGGAUGUGAAAUUCUGUACAAGUUAUCUUAAAAUUAAAUUUGCUUUAAAUGAUACUUUCAAUUAUUUCAGUUUUAAAAAUUCAAAGUUAAAUAAUAUUCAUAUAAAAAAUCUUAACAUAAUUUAAACAAUGCCAUUAUGCUAUUUAUAUUUCUAUACUAUACAUUUUAGAUACUGAGCGGAGCGCGGAAUGUAUUGAUUUUACAAUAAUUAUUUUUUCUUUAUUAUUAUUAUUUUCUGUGAACAACUUUUCUACUACCAAUUUUGCUCAGAUUUUAAAUUAUAGCACUUUUUCUGAAAGGAAAUCUGACUGGAGUGGUACUUUAAAGAGGCCAUUUUUUGAUUUUCCAGGAGUUUUCAUAAUAAAUGGGAAAAGUGAGAAAAUAUACAAAAUGUAUAAUUUUAAAAUCUUAAAUAUUAUGGUCUUUCAAAACAUGUAUAACCAAAAUUCAUUUUUCGUUAACAAUAAAUGUUACAUACAGAUAUGCAUUAAAGUUCCCCUCUACCCCCCAACUUCUCACCUACAACAGUGGUCCACCCAUUGUGCAAAGUAUGCCCUUUUUUUUAUUAUUAUUAAUACCAAACUGAAAUUUUUGGAUUUUCGAAGCAUUGAAGAGUAAUUUUUAGUAGACGUUUUUAACUUAAGUAUAAAAUAAUAUUAGGCUACGGCCAAGGUUAUAGGCUAAGGAUUUAUUUUUAAUAUAAUGGUUAAUGUUAGUAAUAUUAAAAUUUAUUUAAUAUUUUUAAGUAUUUUACUUUUUAUUGUUUUUAUACUGUGUAUUUGGUGUGUAAUUUAUACAGAUAUAUUUUACCAGACUUUUAGGUAGAAUACCAGACACUGUAUAUUAUAUUGGCCAUUGUAAUAGUAUUGUUGUAUUAAAAUUGAGGGGUUGAGUGUAACAGUGGCCAUUUCCAACAAAUGAUUAAUGAGAAUAAUACAGCUUUUUAAUUUCUUUGAAAAUUUGAUUAAAUAAAUCAAUAUUAAAAAAAAAAAUGAAUUUAAUUAUUUUUUAUUAUUAAAUAUUGAUAGAUCUAAGAUAUAAUUUUAAGAGCUAUUUUGGAAUAAAUCAUGUAAAAUUCUCCAAAUUUGUGUUGGAUUGGCCACUUCACACAUAGUUAUUGUUAACUAUAAAACAUGUUUUUAGAUCAGAUAUUGAAAUAAAAAUAAUUAUAAUUUAUGAUAAUAUUUUACAAUUUUAACCUUUAUUAAAAAUAAAGGAUGUUAUUUCAAAGUUAUCUAAUAAAUAAACAACAAUUCUUUCUUUUAUUUUUAUUGUAAUAUAAUAAAAUCACAAUAUUUUAAAUAUAUUUUAAACCAUAAUCUUCUGGUGGUAUUUUCUAUAAAUUCACUAAUAAAAAAAAAAAAUUAAUCUUUUAAUAUUUCUUUUAUAAAAUCCCAUAUCACAUAUUUUAAGUUACUAAAUACAUAAAAUUAACAAUCAAAAAUAUUACAAUUUUUAAAAAGUGACAAUCUAUUAUUAUUAUUUUUAGAUCUUUAUAGAAUUCAUGAAGUAUUUUAAUAUGACAAUAGUAGCCUAUCUAUAAGAGCUACUCUAUAAGAGAGGUCAGUGUAUUAGUUUAAGGUUUAUGAGCCUACCCAACACAGAGUUGCAUUAUCAAAAAACUUAAAAUAGGUAUUCGACGACAUAUAGUGCUGCCAUCUAGUGUUAAAAUAAAGAAAACAAAAAUAGGCCGAUGUAACGGGAUAUUUUUACUCAUCAAACAUAUUUACCCCCACCGUAAAAAUAUCAUAUGAUUAUAUUACCCCUACCCCCGAUAAAUUAAAAGAGGUAAUUAUAUACUAUAAUAUAUUUCAAAUUGUAAAUUUAAUGUGACAAUAGUAUUUUGAGUUUUGAAUUUUAAAAUAUUUCGAAUUAAUUAUUUCACUGUCUACUGUUCACAAAAUUGUGAAAUAUUGAUUUUGCUGUAUAAUUAUAUUAUAUAAUAAUGCAUAAUAAUUUUUAACAAUGCUGUAGUGGAGGGUAUACAGCGGGAUACGCUGUAUACCUUCUGAUAAUUUCGAAUAGGCACCACCAUGCACUUUCUGGAUAAGGUCGUAUAUUCUCUGUUAUAGUAAAAUUACGAAAAAUAAUAUAAAAAUACAUAAACAUUAUUUAUAUUUAUAGUAAAUAACUUUAUUAAAUAAAUAUAUUUAAUUAAAAAAUUAAUUAAUUAAUUAAUAAACGCCUGGAGUAUUAUAAGUGUACUAAUAAUAAUUUAGUACCUAUAUUAUUUAUUUGAAUUAGUUUUAUCAAAAAAAAUUGUUUUAAACAAUUAUGUAACAAUAUUAAUAAAAAUAUGGUUUCUUAUAAUUUUAAUUUGUACGUAAUAUGUUACUAUAAACUCUGCUUAUAGUAAUAUUUUUAUGACACACUGAUUAUUGUUAUGAGUAAAAACACCAUUGUUUAUGCAAUUGACAUUAAAUUGUAAUUUAUUGUUUUUUUUUUUUUAUAUUUCGACUUUAUUAUCAAUAUUUUAUAAUUUGUAUGCAAUUUACUGUAAAGAGGCCAAAAUACUUGUAUUUUAUCAGCAAAUUCAAUAUUAAAUGACUCUGGGACUCUCAUAUUAAAUGUUAGUCUGGGAAGUAAAAAUAGCAUUUUAACCGUAUACUAUAGGAUAUAUUUUAUACUAUAUAGGGUAUAUUUUAAUUUAUUUGGGAGGGGGGAAUUAAUCACAUGAUAUUUUUACCGUGGGGGGGGGGAAUUUAUUGGGGUAAAAAUAUACUGUCACACCAGUGUUGCAUUAGAAUAUUUUUAAUUUUAAACAAAAUUAUAUAUUUAUUCAUUAUCCCAGUGGCGCUCAACCCCUCAAUUAUACCACAGAUUAUAUGAAAUCAGAUGAUGCACUCCCUAUUCGAUCCAUUUAAUAUUCUCAAAAAUGUAAACAAACAAAACCUACUUUAAAUUAGUGUCAUCACGAAUAGGGAAAAUAAGUUUAUGAGAAAUUAACUGUGGAUCACUGACUUUUGACGCCGUUCAGCCGUACUCGUGCCGAAUUCCUGUCCUUUGUGAUUUUUUUACUGCUCUACGUCACUGAACUCUAUACAGAUAUUGUAUACUCUAUUACUCUGAAUAGAGUUCAGUGCUUUACGUACACUGAGUCGGUGAAACUUUUUAUUUAUUUCAAACAGAAAACUGAUUCACUAUUGAUUUUUGCACCUAUUUUUGUGUGGUUUUUCAUUUAAGUGAUGAAGAGUUUUAAGAGUAGUAUUGCAUAGGUACCGAAAAUGUGACGUGAAAUACUGUACAAACAAAAGUUCGGUACAUUUGAAUGUGUUGAGUUACUUUACAUUACCGAAGGACACAGAAAGGUUUUUAAGUUUUUAAUUAAAAUAAAUAUUUUUAAAAAGUGGAAAUGUUUUUAUUAUUUUGUGCAACUUAGUUAUAUUGUUAUAUUGCCCAUAAUCCUAUGUAUUUAUUUAUUUUUUUACUAUUGAAUUUGUGAAGAAUAUUAUGAUAAAUCUACUAUCACAGACCAAAAUUUAUUUUUUUUUAAUUUUGAAUUCCUAAUUUUUUUCUUCUUAAUUUUUUGUCUUUGUAGUAUGACACAGAGAAAUAUUUUUAAAGUUUGUAAAAGAGUCACUACUUCUUGAUGUGUAAAUAAUAUAGAAAAAGAGAAAAAUAGUAUUUAGUAUUCUUGAAUAAAAUAUGAAAAAAAAAGUAUUUUUAAAAUAUUUAAAAUACCUGCACUUGUCAACAAAUAUAUGAGAAGUAUUUGGAAUAAUAAUUUGACCCUACUGCAUUGAGAUAGGUUCGUGUUAUCAGUAAAUCGAGAAAUGCAUCAUCUGGUUUCAUGUAAUCUGUGAUUAUACUACGCGUGAAUAGACACGUCUAAAAUUAUAUUCUAUUCCAUCUAAUAGCACACCGUUUUGGCGCAUCCUAAUGAAUCGCGGACCGAUGGUCGGACCCGCUGGCUGAGACCAAUCGAUUGGUCUGAUUGAUCCAAUCGAUUGGCCUGAUUGAUCCAAUCGAUUGAGACUCUAUGAUUGGUCGCAGUCGAUGGCGCUCACGGCAAUGCUGCCGCUGUCGCCGCCGUCUUGUAUACGGCGGAAUUGAAUUACAAAUCGUAUUAUGCUGUAAUAGUGUACUGCGGUUAAACUGAUGUGACAAUACAGUUCGCUUUGUAUAAACAAGACGGUCAGCCUUGGACGGAGCGAACGACGGCAGCGCUGCCUGUGGUGGGGACGCAUGCGCGAGUUUCGACCGAUAAUCGUCUGCCGCCCGGUGCGCUCUUAGAUGGAACCACAGAUAAAUAUAAAAAUAUUUUUGUAUAUAUUUGUGGAUGGAAUACAGUACGUCUUUUAUUAUUUACUCGGUGCGUCACUCUUUUUAUCAGUAAUAAUUUUAUCAUUUCGAUCCAAACAAUUAAAUAGUACCAAUAAAUAUGUACGUAAAUUAUUUUGAACGCUCAUAUUGUAUUUAUAUAUGAAUACUUACAAACUAAAAUUUCACUUUUAUUAAAUAAGAGUUAUUCAAAGGAGGUUUUCCAGCAAUCAAAUUAAUAUUUAAGUAUAUAAAAUUUAGAAUUUAAGACAAGUUACUUUAUAUCUCAUUUAAAAUAUGUACAUUAUUUAAUUUUUUUUUGGUAUCUAAUUAUACUUGAUAAGGAAUAUUAUCACAUAAUAUGACGCAUUAUUACUUAGGGACGAUGUCACACUUUUCACGUGUCUUUGUAUUGAUUUGAUUAAAUUAUUCAGUUGUGUUUCAUCCACUGCUAAUAUGUUUUUAUAGUUUUGUUCAUAAAAGAAAAAAACUAAAUUAUGUGUAUUGUAAAUAAUUCCUAAUAUUAUUAAUGGAAUCAGUUGGACAAUUAGAUGUUAAAUCUAAUGUUCAUGUAUUUCUUAUCUUAUAUUUCAUUAUAAAUAGUAUUCAAGUUUGUUUUAUUUAGGUUUUAUCAGUUCAUAAUGAUGAAAAAGGAAAAUACCAAAUUAUGUGAUGAUGAUUGGUUAAAAAAUGAUUUGUUACACUCAAUGAAUUCUUUAUUAAGUGUAAGUACAUUUAAAAACUAUAGAAUGAUUCCAUUAUAUCCGACUGAAGAGGAUUUACAUAGUUCAAAACCAUCUGCAUUGUGUGCCAAUAAAGUGGAUUGUCCAUACAAAAAUUGUGAAGAAUACCUUGACACUUUUUUCCGUCUUAUACGAGAAGAUUUUGUGUCUAUUGUGAGAGAUGUUUACGGUUAUUUGUAUAAUAAUAGAAAUACUUUAAAUCUUAAUGUAUUGGAAUCAAAAAAGAUAUGGUAUUAUAGCAAUGUAAAAAUUCAUUGCAUUAUUCGAAAAUCAUCUGUGAUUGUUUUUGAAUUUGAUUCACCUGAUCGUGCUAAAAAAAUUGACUAUGAAAAUAGUGAAAAAUUCAAAAAUGGUGCUUUGAUAUUACUAUCAAUGGAUAGAUUUGAAACAUACACCUUAGGAAUUGUUGUAGAAACCUACAAUAUAAAUCGAGGUAGGGUUGGUGUUGAUGUUGUUGGUUAUAAAAAUGUUGAAAAUUGGAGUCAAAUAGAUUUAGUAGAACUUUCAGUAUUUUAUGAACCUUAUAGAUAUAUUAUGGGAGUAUUUCAAGAUAUGAAUGAAACAAAUUUUCCAAUGAAGGAGUAUAUUGUGUAUGGCCAUAAAAUUAUAUCUUUUCCUAAGUAUUUGGCUGAAAACUCUGUUUACAAGAUAAAUGGUAUUGAAUUUGAUAUUCUUAAACAUGAUCAAUGGCCUUCAGCUGAAGUAUUAAAUAUGGAUAUCAAUCAAUAUGACGCAUUUAAAGGGGCUUUAAUAAAAGAAUUUGCCAUGAUUCAAGGACCACCUGGUACUGGUAAAACUUACAUUGGAUUAGAAAUUAUAAAAAUCAUCCUUGAAAAUAUGUAUUAUACAAACAAACUUAAAAAUCCUAUUCUGGUUGUAUGUAUGACAAAUCAUGCUUUAGAUCAGUUUCUUGAGGGUAUAUGGAAAAUAACAAAAAAUAUCUUCAGAUUUGGUCGCGGUACCAAAAGUGAGAUUUUAGAAAAUUUUAUUCCAAAAAUAAAUCCAAACAAAAAAAAUGAUUCAUAUGCAAACGUAUUGGUAAAAGCUAAGCGAGAUGCAGCAGCUUUAAGGAAUGAAGGAAACAUACAUGCAUUUAAAAUUAGUGAAGUUGAUCGUAAUCUUGGUAUUCUUGAUUUGUCUAACCUUAUGGAUGUACUUAUUUCAGAAGGUUAUAAUAAUUGGUUUCAAGAAUCGUAUGAUUUAUUUUCAUGGUUAUUAUUUGAUAUUUCUUAUGUUGAAGGUGUAAACCCUAUAGACUUCAUAAAAACAAAUAACCUUUUAUCUGUUUUGUCGACUAAUAUAUUCAGUGAUCCAAUUCAAAAUAAAUUUUAUUGCAUAUCAUUGGAAAGGAUUAAACUGUACUGUACUAAAGUACAGUAUCAAUUAAGUAAAUUGAAUAUAGAAGAUGAUGAUCUUUCAGAAAAGAACCAUUUACAAUUGACAUUGAAAGUAAUGAAGACUGUUAAGGAGUAUAUUAUAAAACAUUUAAAACUGUAUAAAUCAUCAUCUUUUGUUACGUUUUACAAUCGGCUGAUUGUUGAAAGCCACCAUUGUUUAAAAAUAAGAGACCGGUGGUUACUCUAUUACAGUUGGAUUCAUUCGUUCAUCAUGAUGGAAAAUAAGAACUUGGAAGAUUUGCAUGAUUCUAUACUUAAUUGUAAAAAAAGAGCAGAUAAGUUUAAAUCAAUCAGAUAUUGGAAGCCGGUAAAAGAUAAAUAUGUUAUUGGUAUGACAACAACUGCCGCAGCUAAAAAUAGAUUUCUAAUGAAAAAGCUGAAAUGUCCAAUAGGUAAGUUUACAAAUUUUUUUUAUUGAGUUUUUAGAAUUAUUAUUUAUUGUACUUUUUGACAUUUUCUCAAAAAUUAUAAUACAUUUAAAACCACUUAAGUAAUUUAAUGAAUUUUUUAAUUUUAAUUAGUUAUAAUUGAAGAAGCAGCAGAGGUUUUAGAACCUCAUAUUGUUUCAUCAUUAUCAGAACAUUGUGAACAUCUUAUUCUUAUUGGUAAAGGCAUUUUAUUACUCUAGUACUUUGUCCUAUUCUUUGCUUUUUUGUAUUAUUGACGUUUUUAAAAUUAUUUAGGUGAUCAUAAACAACUGCGUCCCCAAACAGCUAAUCAUAUGAUGAGCAAAAAAUAUAAUCUUGAUAUAUCUUUGUUUGAACGCAUGGUAAACAAUGGCAUUCCAUCAUAUACAUUAGCUGAACAACAUCGCAUGCGACCAGAAAUCGCUGGUUUAGUAGCACCAGUAAUUUAUCCACAUUUAAGAAAUCAUCCUUCUGUUGAGGAUCGGCCACAUGUUAUAGGAGUUGACAAGGAUGUAUUUUGCAUUACUCACAAUGUCCAUGAAAAUAAAGUAUACUUUCAAAUUUAAAUUUUUACUCUUUAUUUAAUAUUAUAUUUAUUUUAUUAGGAUUACAAAUUAUCAAGUUUUAAGAAUGAGAAUGAAGCGAAAUUUUUAGUUGCAUUGGCAGAUUAUCUAUUAAAACAAGGAUAUUAUUCAGAAGAUAUAACUAUUAUGGCAAUGUAUAAUGCUCAAGUCUCAUACAUUUCUGAUGUAAAAUAUAUGAUGAAUGAUGUAUGGUUUCCAUUUUUAGUAAUAUUAUAAUAUUGUCUUAUAGCUAAUAAAAUUACCUAUUUAUGAACAUUUGGAAAACAUAAGAAUUACUUCAGUGGAUGGUUAUCAAGGUGAAGAAAAUGAAAUUGUUUUAUUGUCAUUGGUCCGUAGUAACAAUAUCAAUAGUGUUGGAUUUUUAAAAACAGACAAUAGGGUAUGUGUUGCCUUGUCUAGAGCUAGACUGGGAUUUUUUAUGACUGGUGAUUUGAAUUUACUAUCAAGAAAAAGUAAUUUGUGGAAAAAAAUAAAAAAAUACUUGCAAUAUUUAAAUGCUAUUGGUAAAUCAAAUCAAAUUUUAUUUUACUAAGAAUAUUAUACUAUAAAGUAUUAAUGAAUAUUGUGUUUAUUUAAACAGGUCCAGCAUUAUUGUUGAAGUGUCAAAAUCACAACAAUAUUCUAGGAAAAGUAUCAAAUCAUUUGGAUUUCUGUAAUUUAAACUUAUGUAAAUUAAAAUGUAAUUCUAAACUUCAGUGUGGCCAUUUAUGUGACAAGAGUUGUCAUAUUGAUGAUGGUGGUCAUUUAGGAGUCAAAUGCUUAAAAGCCUGUGAUAAGUGAGAUUUAAAUUUAAUUAUUUAUUUAUACUUUUAAGUACUUGAUCAAUUUCACAAAUUAUAUUUUUUGUAUGUUUUGUUUAGAAAGUGCUCAAGAAACCAUAGAUGCCAUAAAAUGUGUUACGAAAAAUGUAAAUGUGAGGUGAUCAUAAAUGAAAUUUGUGAAUAUGGUCAUAAAACCCAAGGAAAAUGCUGUGAAGUCGAGAACAAUAAGUGUCUGAUUAAGGUUUAUUUUAUGCUGAUGAAUUUAUUUAAUAUAUUAAUUGUUGAUAUAUUUCUUGCAUAGGUAAACGAAAAUUUAAAUUGUGGGCAUUCAAUUGAGAAAAAUUGCUUUGAACCUUCUAUCUGCAAUAAAAUAUGUAAUAAACCCAAUCCAAAUUGUCUGUUUAGACAUCUUUGCAAAAAUCCAUGUCGUGUAAUUUGUGGAUCAUGUGAUCAUAUUAUCCAUAAAAUAAUGGAAUGUGGACACAUUUCAGAAUCUGCAUGCUCUCAAAUACUUGCUGAUACACUAUGUAAAAAAUGCAAGGUUAGUGCAACAAUAGGUCUUAAUAUACUUUCUAUGGGUGCAUCACUGAUGUAGGUGAAAAGUUAAAAAAACCAGGAUGUACCAGGUAUUUAAGUGAGUACACUCAUUAUCUCAGAAAAUAUUAACUUUUUUCAGAAUGUGUUUCCUAGAGCAUUUAAGAAACAAGCUGCUCUAUAAUUUUAUAUUUAUGUUAUUUUUUGUCACCCGUAUUUUUGGGGGUAAAAUCACAACCUACUUCUUAUUUUCAAAUAGCCCAUAUAAAUAAAUGCCAUAAAUAGAUGGAGUAUUAGUUAAAAUAAAUUUUAAUGUUGACAUUUUUGAUUUCUGUCAAGCCUGUCAGAUUCUCCAUUUUAAAGUUUGGGUUGAAGGACAGUAAGUAGUGGUGUAUUAUUAACACCAUACUGCCAUAAAAAUGAUACUACUCUAUUGAUUUAUGGUUUUUUUAAUAAAGGUUGCCAUUUAAAAAUCAAAAGUAGGUAGUGAUUUUACCCCAAAAAAUAAAGGUGAUAAAAAAAUAAAAUAACUACAAAAUUGUAGAGCUACUUGUUUCUUAAAUAUUCUAUAAAACAAAUUCCGAAAAAAGUUAAUACUUUCCGAGAUAAUGAGUGUACUCACUUAAAUGGAUCAUCUAAUAUAGAGUAAUUUAAUUAAUAUAUGUAUGCAAUUUUGAAAUGUGAUUUUAAAUUCUGAGCGGAAUGAGGAAUAUAUUGGUUUUACCAUAAUCUUUAUUUUUUUUUCUGUGGACAACUUAUCUAUCAGCAAUUUUGCUCCGAUUUUCAAUUAUAGCACUUUUUCUGAAAAGAAAUCUGGUUGAAGUGGUACUUUAAAAAGGCCAUUUUUUGAUUUUCCCAGUAGUUUUCAUAAUAAAUGGGAAAAGCAGGGUAUAAUAUAAAAAAUGUGUUAUUUUAAAAUCGUAAAUAUUACUGCCUUUUAAAGCAUGCGUAACUAAACUCCGCUUAGAAUCAUUUUUCGUUAGCAAAAAUUAAUUGUUGCGUACAGAUAAACAUUAAAUUCUCCUCUAUAUCCUACCUUGCCAACUUCUCAAUUACAACAGUAGUCAAACUAUCGUGCUUAGUAUGUUUGUUUUUUUAAGAUUUUUUGUUAAAAAAUUGAACUUAAAAUGCUUAUAAAAUUUUUUUCUAUAUUAAACUAUAUAUAUUUUUUAAUUCUACUAAACACAACUUAUGAUAAACCACAUAUUAAAUUAAUGAGCAUUUUUGCUGGUGUAAAACAUUUUUCAUUCAUAUAAAAUCAAAUGCCUGUAUGAGUGAAGUGUUCAAAAAUUAUUAGAAUCUCUUGAUAAUUUGACUACACCAAUCAUUGGUUAAUUCAGUAAUUCAUGAAAUAUUUUAAGUUUACUCGAUUAAUUAUCACUUAAAUUAGAACAGAACAAAAAAAAAUCAAAAAUUAUAAAAACUCUCGUGUAAAUGUUAAUAUUUUCCCCCUAUUAAAAAAACUAUAAGGAAAAUGAAAAAAGUGACAUCAUCAAUACACCAAAUAUAUAAAUGUAGUUUUCCACCAGAAAACCCCAAAAGUUGGUGAUGGGAACAAAAUUUCUGAAGAAUAUAUUUCUUAUUCACUUACAAUUUAAAAUUAUUUAUUUUUAUUUUUAAGAAGUUUACAUUUUCUAGACAAUUUUUGGGGUUUAGUGUUUUAAUUUUGAGUAUAGCAUGUAGUAGGUUCUUUCCAUAAAUAUUUUUGUAAUAUUAAUUUAUAGCCAUUUCUAUUUGGAAUUGUGUAACUUUUGCUGUAGUUUAUGUGUGCGCAAUGUUUUAUGGUUAAUUACACUUUGAUCUAUAGAAAAAAAUAAAUAGUUGAGGGGAAAAAUAAUUUGGUUAUAUUUUUGUUUACUAAUAAUAAUCUUAUUUCAAUAAAACUGUUUUAAUGUACUUUUGUUUUUUUAUUUUAUUUAGGUAUGUUGAACAACAAGAAUUUGAAGUGAGUGUCUAUUAUAUCUAUUAUUUUGUUUCACUUAUUAUGUUUAAAGCGAUUUGUAUACUACUAUUUGACUCUGACAUUUUUAAUAGUUAUAUUUAAUAGUUUACUUGCUAGUAAUUUUUGGAUUACCAAUUAUUUUAAUUUGUAAAAUUGUUUUCAUUAACAGAUGAAUUUUAUUAAGUGC